UGUUGAGACGAAGGGAUUUUUCGCUCUUCGUUUUGUUCUUGUUUUUUUUCUCUCGAUGAAUAGUAUUUGGAAGUUUUUUAACAUUUCUGGUAAAUAACGGAUAUAUUGUGCGUAUAAUGCAGAAAGCAUCCAAAUGUUCCCAUAGGACAUGCGAACACUGUAAAAACCAAGCAAAUCCUCCGAACUAUUCCGAAGAUGAAUACGAUUUUUUGGCGAAAGUUGUUCUGAUUGGUGACAGUGGUGUUGGAAAAAGUAAUCUUUUGUCAAGAUUCACCAGAAAUGAGUUCAGUUUAGAGAGCAAAAGUACGAUUGGAGUGGAGUUUGCCACCAGGAGUGUCCAUAUUGAUGGUCAAACACUGAAAGCACAGAUCUGGGACACGGCGGGACAAGACAGAUACAGAGCCAUCACAAAUGCAUACUACAGAAAAGCAGUUGGCGUAAUCAUGGUUUAUGACAUCACAAAACGAUUGACUUUUGACAAUUUGGAAAAAUGGCUGAAGGAAGUGCGCGAUUUUACUGAUGAUGACGUCAUUUUAAUGUUAGUGGGAAAUAAAACGGAUCUACGUCAUUUACGUGCCGUGUCGUCACAUGAGGCUCAGCAGUAUGCAGAGAAGAAUAGAAUGUCAUUUAUCGAGACCUCGGCUUUGGACAGUUCGCACGUGGAAACCGCAUUCCAGACAAUUUUGUCAGAGAUUUACUCCAUGGUGUCACAAAAAGGACUAAAAGACGACUUACGGGGUUUCACCCUUACCAACGAGCUACAGUCGUAUGACGUCACAGGGACUGAAAACGAGAAGGACGGGAAGAGAAAGUGUUGUGUUAUCAUGUGACACACAGCAUGUUAUAAUGUGACACACAGCCAUUAAAAUAACCACCGUUUGUUUUCAUUUUAUGUGCUAUCUUGGCUGCAUUCAAGAUCAUAGACGCUACGUAGGGGACACAAAUUGCAUAUACAACAUGGCGAUCGUUAUAGUUACCUCUUAGCAUUAAAUAUUGUUAUAUUUUUCUCCAUAUGCAUAUUUAUAAACUGAUUUCCUCUAUACUCCUAAAUUAAUAAUGACAGAUCAUAUCUGAUGUAAAAAUUUAGUGGCAAGUUUAGCAGUUCGUCCAAGAGAGGCUGAUAUUCUAGCAAAUAAGCUAGGCCGCUACCAUCUUUAAAAAGUAGCCAUUUCAUAUGUCCAUUUUUAAAAUACAUUCUUUUUGUACUAGUCAUAUUAACUCAUUAUGUCAUGCUUCAAUGAAUUUAAUAACAUUUUACAUAGAUAUGAUGUACAUAAUAUAUAAGAUGUAUAAUUAUCACUCUUUUGUAAGAGGUAGACUGCAUGUGCUUAUCUUUUACGUGCAAGCUUAAAAAGUCCGAUAAUUAGUUCUAAAUGAAGGAAUUUCCAGAGUGAAUUUCUGAUAGAGCUUUAUAAAUCAGAUAAACUUUCUUGUUACAAUAUUGCUGUAUAAAUGUUUAUUGAGACUUAAUUUAUGUUGCUUACAAGUAAAUGUAUGAUAUUCUAUAGUGAAAAUAAAAAAAUGAUGAAUUCCUGUUUUAAAUCAAUGUAUUAAACAAGUAUAUUGCUCACAGAAUUAUAGAUUUUGUUAAUAUCAUUCUCUUCGAACUGUA